AUGUCUCCUCAUCUCCAUUCGUCGACUCGUCGACCUCAACCUCUAACCGAGACCGAUUACGACCACGAAAUCAGCUUGGAAGACCAUACCUCGCCAACCUCCAUCCAAAGUACCUCCCGAAGUCGGUCUGCUGAUCCUGUGCAACCAGUCGAAGAUACGGCCUCGGACUCCUCGUCGAGAAGAAAUAGCGAUGUUCCCCUGAGGAAACCCCACAAGUCCCAGAGGCUGCGGAAGGAACUUUCGAAACGAAAGUAUAGGAAAUAUCAGGAUCGACGAUUAGGGGGAGAAGGUGGUCUUGAUGGGCAAGCGGUGGAGGAAUCUGCAAACGAGGAGGAGAACACAAUCGAGCAUGUUGAUUCUAACCAGAAUGGAAGUGCACCCGCAGAAGGCAACGAGGAAGAGCAGCCCCGCGGACGACGGAAAAAGAAAGAGGUCAAGGAAAUUGAUUCCGCGAUCGACAUCUUAUACGAGAACCAACGAGGCUUGUUUCUCUGCGGAGCAGCCCUAUUUUCCUCCAAGGCACUAGGAAACCUGGAUCCCUCUCCAUGGACAAACAUCGCGCACAAAACCAGCGCCACGAACCCAACGAACGCACAAGUCCCCGAUCCAUCCUGGGAAUGGGCCUGGAAAGAAUGGGUGAUAAACCACGAAAACGACGUGGAUGAGGACGGCUGGGAAUACUCGUUUGCCUUCUCCAAAGCAUUUUCCUGGCACGGACGAUCAUGGUGGAAUUCCUACGUCCGACGACGAGCCUGGAUCCGCAAACGCGUGCGCAAGAAUGCUGGAUACCAAGCUCAACAACCGGACAAUAUGCUUACCGCUGAUUACUUUACCGUCAAUUCGACUCCACGGGACAGGAGUCAGAGUCAGAGUCGACCUUCUACGUUGGCGGAAGCGAAUCGAUUAAGUGCCGCCAAUCGCGUAUCUCUAAACAUGGACGACCGCGAACAGGAUGAGGAAAUCUGCAAUAUCAAUGCGUUGAUGACUGCCCUAAAGCUAGCCCGCAUCGACAGGGAGAAACUCGAAGUCGUCAAGAACUUUAUCAGACAUGGGGAGGGCGACCUAUACUAUCUCCAAGAUCGCAUGCACGACAUCAUGAAGAUGUUCAUCUUCCAAGCCUCGCGCAAAAUCCUACUCGCCCAUCUCCACCAAGAGUACGACUCGGCAUCCAAAUCCCACCAAGAAUCUCAAAAAUCAAAAGUCGGAGAUGAAAAUGAAGAUGAAGAUGGCAAAGCCUGGUCAACCAGAAAACGUCUCGAAUACCUCUCCGCAGCCCUCGAACACGCCGACGAAGAAGUCAAGAAACUAGAGUUCUGGAGCGACGUCAAGGAGAUGGCGGAGAGCGGCGACACCAAACACGCCGUUGAUGCGCGGAAAGGGUGGGAAGUGAGACAAUGGGAGGGUAUCGAUAAUAGUGGCCCCAAGGACGUGAUAUCCCAGCCCGAGAAAGCGCAUAUCAAGAUUGAUAUCUCGUCCAUUGAGGGCAAAGAUGGUGAUAAGGGAAAUGAGACGACGAAGAAGGUGGAUAAAGGGAAGGGGAAGGAGGGGGAUGGGACGUAA